CUUCACAGCUCGGAGCUCACGACUUUGGCUGAAUGUAUUCAUGACUUGUCACUGUCACUACCAUCACAGCCAUCCCGAAGCCAAAUCAUCGUCCGAAAGCGAACAUCGCUCGCCUUGCUGCUCGAUCCGGAAAGCGCCUACAAGCGCUCGUUGCUCUUGCCAGAGUAUGGGCGACUCGGGUUAUCGAGGCAUCUCCGCCUCUCACGCCGAUGCGCGCUUUGCAGGCAAGGAGCAAAAAGCUAUCUCUCUGCUUCAAUCGCAAGGCAAAUUUCCGGCUUCUUUUGCUCAAAAAGUGGAUCUGAGAAAGGUCAAUUUGGAAGUGAUCAGACCUUGGGUCGAGGAUAAGACGAAGGAGCUGUUGGGCUUCGAUGAUGAUGUCGUCGCGGAAUACGCCAUGGGGAUGCUGGAGAAUACAGAGGAAAAGAUUCCAGACCCGAAGAAGCUUCAGCUUUCAUUGACAGGCUUUCUAGAGUCCAAGACGCCCGAAUUCAUGGCCUCUCUUUGGGACCUCCUGCUGGAUGCACAAGCUUCCAUCGGAGGUAUUCCGUCCGCUCUGGUACAGCAAAAGAAGGCGGAGCUCGCUCAGGCGAGGGCUGCAGAUGCUCAAGCUCUAUCCAGAGCUGGAUUGACAGGUGCUGCAGGACGUGGCAGAGGUGGAGGCAGGGGCUCGGCCAGGGAUCAUGAUCGAAGAGUUGGCCCCGCCUCGUUCAAGGACAAGUCUGGAAACCUGACUGAGAAAGUGCGAGACAGCGGCUGGGGUGCGCGAGCUCGAGGUAAUGUUGAGUCAGUUCGACAGGGACCGCCAGAACCGGGUGCGAGCGAUCGAAGAUCUCGUUCGAGGUGGGACGGACUUGCGAGGGACGAAGGACGAUCUUGGCGUGAUGAGCCCAGAGGCUGGUCGGGCUACCAUGAUGACUCAUCCAGUGGCCGAUCUUACGCGAGGGAGCACAGGUCUCGUGACAAGCCCGAACGGUACGAGUCGAGAGGAAGAGAAAGAUCUUUCAGCCCACCGCGACACAGAGAUGGUCGCAGAUCGUACGAUCGACCGAGAUCCAGAUCUAGAUCCAUGUCCGUCACGCCUGAAUACGAUAGGCGAAGAUCGCACUCGGGCAGACACGACCGGUCAAGCAGACGACGAUCGAGGACGCGGUCAAGGUCUAGAUCGCCACGACGUGCGCCAAGGAAAGAUGACUCGGUCACUCCAAGAAGACACCACGCAGACUCGUCAAGCUCGCCAGUCUACAGAAGGAGGAGAAGCCCAACAUAUAGCCUUUCUCCGCCGCGAAGGUUAUCGAGAAGGUCGGAGCGCGGCCCGGAAACACGUGGAGAGAGCAGCAGGAGCAUGAGUAGGAGUCCGGUGAGGGAGAGGAGUAGGGACCGUAGGCACGGCAAGACGAGGCAGGAGAAAGAGGAGACCUCUUACGCUGGAGCGAAAGGCAAGAAGAGCCGGUGGGACUGAGCGGCCCCCAGAGUAGGGAUCGAGCUUAGCUCCAUCGUUCGCAGAUGCUGUUCCUAUAUGCGAGGCGAUCGCAGCGAGCAGCAGUACAAACACCGAAGCGCAAUUUGCCUGGAUGUUGCGUCUUCGAAAGCAAGGCUGUGGCGGCCUUGGACGACUGCAUGUCCAAGUUUGUUGAGAGUACCAUCGCAUGUCACGGCUUCUUUGGUAUCAGAAUCGUCGAAUGGCUUGAUGUAAGCUGGGCCCAUCUGCAUGGCCGCGCACUGCCCACGACUUUCUUCGAUUGAUCAUCUUUGAGAAGGGCCGUUUGCGUCAAGUGUGAAGGCACGGGGACGGGGCAUGCUUCUGAUUCCGCUGCUUCAUCGAAG